CUCAUACACAUAUAUAAUACUUUCCUGAUUGUUUCAGAAUAUCCAUCCAUAUAGAAAACAUAUUAGAAUUGUAUCAGCGACAGAACAUGUUCAAUAUUUGUGUCAAAGCAAUACUGAUUGGAUACGCAUGUGAACUCAUUAUAUGUCAAUCUGUGCAAACAGAUAAACGCUUAAAACGAGAAGUAGAUUUAUCCUUUAAAGAUAAACAUGUUGCUUUCGUAAAGGAUGGAAGGAAGGUCGAUUUUAAACUUUUGUAUGGCAGAUUACCAAAGUACGCAAGAGAUCAACCAAAUAGGAAAAAACACUCAUUUCUUCUGGUUCCAGUUAAGAAAGGAGAAAAUGUGGCUGUAAGAAAAACUCUUUUUACGAAAUUAUUAAACACUGCUGUAUCAAAAAGUUACAGAGGCGGAAAAUGUAAACAAAAAAGGGAUCAAAAAAAUGCAAAGCAAAGUAGCAUAAGGAAAACAUGCCCAAAUAAUCUGGCUGAAAAGGGACAGUUUCCUGAUAAAGAGAACAUCGACACUUCCGACUACUUUGUAUGUUCAGUUGACGUAGCAGAACUUGGGAAGAAAAUUCUUCUUGUCGAAUUUAAUGUUCAAGAUGACAACGAAUGUGAACUUUCUACAAAAGGAUCAUUUACCGUCGGCGUUGGAAUACUAAAGACUGUAGGCAAAAAGCCAGUAAAUACAAAUAUCCAAAGAAAGUCAACUGACUGGUUUCUGAUAAAUCACUUGGAUGGAUCAAAAUUAGAGGAACGCAUAAAAUGUCAUGACUUUACUUAUAAAUAUACUUAAAUGUUUAUCGAUGUCAUUACAAGUAUAGAGUGGUGAAAUUGUCAAACAGAAAUUAAUAAGGAUGUAGUAAAUUCUGAUUAAAAUGUUUUAUAAAUUGUUAUAUUCUACGAAAAUAACAUACGAGAAGGAAAAUCAAUAAUGAAAAGACGUCAAUUUUUCAGCCCAAGUGAGGUUUUUCUUAACACAUUUUGUAAGGCAUUCGUCUGUAAACUUUUUCACAGUUUCAUCUUCUCUUAACCACUGGACAAAUAUCAACUAAAUUGGAACAGAGUAUCCCUGGGUAAAGAGGAUUCAAGAUUCAUCAAUGAAGGGCCACAUCCUCUUCAAAAGGCUUGAUUGAAUGAUUGAAUA